GUCAUUUCCGCCCGAUGGCCUGAAAUGCAGGCGGCCAUAUUACCUUAGCAAACACACUCACGCGCUGCAGCGGUUUGUUGAUGCUGUGACGAGCAGCUGUAUUUUAGGCAAGCUCUCUCGGUUUAGCGCACGUUAGCGGGACGAUGAGCGGCGGCACGCCGUAUAUCGGCAGUAAGAUCAGUCUGAUCAGUAAAGCGGAGAUCCGCUAUGAAGGCAUUCUCUACACCAUCGACACGGAGAACUCCACCGUGGCGCUCGCCAAAGUGCGCUCCUUUGGCACCGAGGACCGCCCCACGGACCGCCCCAUCGCACCCAGAGAUGAGACGUUUGAGUAUAUCAUAUUCAGAGGAAGUGACAUCAAAGAUCUGACAGUGUGUGAACCUCCCAAACCGACAUGCUCUCUGCCUCAGGACCCCGCCAUCGUUCAGUCCUCUAUGGGAUCUUCCACUGCCCCACCAUCAUCCUUCCAGUCUGGGAACUCCUAUGGGCUGUUCAACCGUCCACAAGUCAUGCCAUACACCCAGUUCAACCCCAGCACACUGGUCUCACCACAGUUUGGCACUGUUGGAGUCGAUCAUGCCAAUCUGGCUCUGGACCCUCUGCGAAAGAGCCCCCCAGCAGAACCUGCGGUCACCGCCGCUGCUCCCACAGCCCUGGCUCGCAAGAGCCCCGUGGAAACUCGUGCAGCCUCCACCAACACACAGACGCCUGUGGACUUCCCAGAACAGACUAGGGGCACGGAUGUCCCGAAACCAAGCGUACCAGAGUCCAGUCAGUCCAGAGGAGGAAACGGGGACGCUUCUAAACGGCUUGCAGAUGGUGGUCCUCCUGCUGCCCGCCGCGGUCGCGCCGGAGGUCAUCGUGGUAGAGGACGGUUCCCUGUGCGAAGAGAAGGACCCAUGAAGUUUGAGAAAGACUUUGACUUCGAGAGCGCCAAUGCUCAGUUCAACAAAGACGAUAUUGACAAAGAGUUCCAGAGCAAACUCAAACUGAAAGAUGAGAAGUCUGAUAAAGCUUUGAAUGGCGAGGAUAAGAGUGAUUCAGGGGUCGAACCUCAGAACAGCGAAGGAAACGCUGAGGAGGAAGAUCCUCUCAGACCAAACUGCUACUACGAUAAAUCCAAAUCCUUUUUUGACAACAUCUCCUGCGAUGACACAAGGAAGGAGAGGUCUGGAGGGUCCGGUUUCCCUCGAGAGAGGAGGCAGACCUGGGCGGAGGAGCGGAGGAUGAACUCGGAGACGUUUGGCAUCUCGUUACGGCGGGGCCGCGGAGGCUUCAGAGGUCGCAGUGGCAUGGGCUUCAGAGGGGGCCGUGGCCGCGGAGCCGGACGGGGGUGGUUCGGAUCUCACCCUGGUGGAAGUGGCUUCAGAGGAGGAUUCAGAGGAAGUCAAGGAGGAAGAGAGUUCUCUGAUUUUGAAUACAGGAAGGAUAACAAGAUGGCUGCAUAGAGAUGAGAGGAAGUGGAUCCAGAAGACCUGAAUUGUGUGGGAACUGCAUUUCGGGGCACGUGUUUCGCUGAGAACGAGGAGAUAAACGUACGUGUUGUAAAUCUGUCACCAGCACUGGGGUUCGACUGCUUGAAACCUGGAUAUUAAUGAAACGCCUACUCCAUUUCUUCCUGAGGAGUGGAACAUAUACUAUUUUUGAAAUUGUUAAUUUGAGAAUAAUAUCUCCACAUGGUUCCAAAUAUAUUAUGAUUUCUGGGGGACUUUUCCUUCGUUUGCUGACCUUCACUGCUCAACCUGAAUUUGAUAUACUGCUGCUUACAGCUAACAGAUUAUAAUCUCAAACAAUGUAUCCUGAUGAUUUUGAUCACUAUUUUUGCUAUAAAGUAUCUUGCAGUGUAUUUAGCAUCAAAAUAGACUGCCUGGAACUCAGUUAUACAUUGUCAUAUUUUUCUAACGUAAUUUCAUUCUUCAACCUCAAACGUCGCUAUUCCUAUUCCUGUUUCCUAUAUUUUUUCUUUUUAAUAUAUAUAUAAACUAGUACAUUAGAUUUCUUUGGUUGUAGGAGGUUUGUAGUUUCUAGUGAGGUUCCUCAUCAGGGCAAGCGCUUCAAGACGUGUCAGUAUUGAUAGUUUCACUAAAGGACGUUUUAGAUUUAAUGGAGAAAAACACAGAAAUGCUGUCUUUAGGGAAACGAUUCCUUACGAAUCUGAAAUAGCACAUCUUUAAAUGACACGAUAAGGUCAACCAGUGCAGAGCGACCUCUGUGAUGUUUAUAUAUUCUGUGGGUUUGAUUUAUAUUUCAUGAGGUCCACUUUGCAGUGUGUAGCACUUUGUAGCAGAUGUUUACUGAGAAGUGAGCGUCCAUCUUUACUAAGGAAAUAAUGCUACUCUGUGAGUCUACAGAAACCUGUGCUGCAGUUACUCUGACGAUGCAUUCUUGCCACUUCUGAGCUUCUACUGCUAACAAUGAUAUGCCAGUCAUUCCACAUACAGCUCAUGUGUUCUUCACCUCAUCAAACGUCAGGUGAAACUGACAUGCCUAGACCUGGCUGGGAGUUUGAGUCCUUACCGAGAGAUGCUUCCCAGAGGAUGCUUGCUUCUGCUUCCUGUCUUUAAUGAGUGAAAGCUGGACUGUUGUAAAGCCAGAAUGUGUUGUGUUCUGUAGUGCAGACGCUGUUUAUCGUUUCCCAUCUCUGCUGUGUGUUUUAUAGUCACUGACUGCACUAGCAUGAUGUCAUAAGGUCAUGUGACCUCGUGCACAUUGUGAUGUCAUAGCCACACCUACGCAUCGCAUUUUGAUUGGAUACAUUUCAUUUAGUAACCAAAUUCACAUUAUACUCGCUGUGAGUUUUUGCCAUGGAAUAAGCAAAAUUAUGCAAUUGUUUUUUUUUUUUUUUUAUGACUAAAGUUGAAGGUUUGAUAUUUUAACUAGCCAGUUUUUCAACCCUCCGUUCACUUCAGAUUCGAUUGUGUGGCGUAUGGCUGUGACAUCACUUUGUUAAUUGUUUGUUUAAACUGUUGGGAUCGGUGGGUAAGUUGAUGAUGAAAUGAACUGUUCUCAGAUUGUUGCAUUUAUUAAAGUCCAAGUUUGUAAGACGCAAAACAUUUUGAGUUUCGGAUCUUGUGUGAAUAUAUCCUUUCGCACUUUUCAAGCUCUUAAAUUCAGAGGUGCUUUCUAAAGCACAUGGACAUGAUUUAAUUAGGGCUUCAUAAUUGAGCCGUUUAUAAUUAACUGCUCAAUCAGGGGUUUCCUUUACCCAGGAAUAAUAAACAUUCAUGUUGUCCUAAAAUAUAACUUUUUUUUUUUUUUUUUUAUAUAUAUAUACAUGUAUAACAAUUAGGAAUGUUGCGGUGGUAUUAGUCUGUUGACUUGAUUCCAGCGUUUUCUUCAGAGGCUGUGUAUUACAGUGUAAAUUCAGUGUUGGAACAGAUAUACUCGUGUGUGUGUGUAUAAACGGGAAGUUGCCGCAUGCGGGUCUUGUCACAAACCACCGAUCUUGGAGAUGUCUGUGAGCUAUAUGCUCUUGUGAUGAACACCAAAUCCUUCCUUCAGGGUCGACACGCUUUCCUUGUGAACCCCGGCAUGGUAUCUGUUCACAACUACAUGUAAAGAGGUUUUUACUAGGUGCAAGAAUAAACUGUUUACUAUCUGA